AUGGAGCACCUAGCCUGUGCGGACCCGGCGACGUCGUUUGUGCAUGCCUACCCAAGGUUGGUGGAGACGGGCCUGAUGCGCGAGUUCGGGGUAAUCACUCGCACUGCCGUGAGUGCACUACUCGUUCUGGGCCGGCCCUGGAUGGUGCCGCUGGAUGAGAGUGGCAAGCGGCAUCUAUACGCCGCCACUAGCCCAUGGUUUCCCCAUGACCCUCCAGCGAUGUGGAGGAUGCGGCACCGGGUUCCGAUGCCACUAAGGGCAGUGGUGCAUAUCUGGUCCGACAAUGGGAAACGAAAGCCCCUACAAGAGCUGCGCCAGAAUGAUGCAGGGAAGUUGGUGUGGCAGCAUACUAUGGGUGUGCUGGAGUCGAUUUGUGGCAAAAGAAGUGGGUACUAA